AGCCAUUGAAAAAUACUGUGAGAGCUGUGAUUAGUCACAGCUUGUCACAUGGUACAAGGCUGUUGUGAAUAGCCUUGUACCGUAUUUCACACAUAGUAAGCAAUGAUGUCAGGAAGUGACAUCUUAUUUACUACUAUUCAUGUGAUCACUGAUUGGCCAAUCAGUGAUCACAUGAUCGGGACCUCACACAGGAGGUCCCGUACAGUGAUCGGUGUUCCGCUGUGUCCAGAGGAGCGCGCACAGGCUGUAAAUGCAGAUGCCGUUUAUGAACAGCAACCCGCUCCUGCACUGCUUCCAUCUGCCCGUUUAUGUACAUGAGUCGGACAGGAAGU